AUGCUCGUUUGUGAUUGCAGACCACAAGAAGUCAUCAUCUUCAUUGUGGGGGGAGCGACGUACGAGGAGGCGCGAAGCAUAGCUCUGCUCAACUCUCAAGGGACGAGCGGGCCGGGUCUAGGCACUCGCUUCCUCUUGGGCGGAACGACGGUGCACAACAGUUCCACAUUUCUCGAUUUCGUUCAGGACACUGCAUCUCGUUGUGGUCCUUCGAUCACUCGAGCUGCACCGCCUCAAGGCGCACCUGCGGGCGCGCUUGGCACAGCCAGCAGCAGCAGCAACCCUUUGAACCUUGGUGUGCCCGCUGGACCGGAAAUUGCACCGACGGCUGCCGGUGGACUGCUGGACCCGGGAAGGAUUGGAGAAGCGGCGGAAGGCGCUAGAGAUAUUGCUAGAGGCAUCUUUGGAAGGGUGCAGGGAGCGGUGCAGGGUUUGUAG